AUGGAGUAUAUGAUCUUCGCAAAGAAUAAGAAGGAAAAUUCUAAGCAAAUCUAUGCAUCUCUACUCGCAGUUUUCGGAAUUUUUGCAGUAUGUGGGUGUAUAAUGUAUCUCGGACAAUCACAGCAUCAAGAUUCGUUAAUUCAAGGCUUUAAAAUUGAAGAGCAGGAGUUUGUUAAAUUUAUAGCAAAACAUAAUAAGCAGUACAGGAGUGACGAGGAGUAUGCUAAACGAUUCAAAAUAUUCAGAGAUAACUCAGCGUUCAUCAGAAUCCACAACUCUAUGCAUUUGGACUGGAUUUUGGGCAUAAACCAAUUUUCUGAUCUGCUGCCAAUAGAAUUUUCUGCUUUAUAUAUUUCACAUAUAGAUUAUAAGCCACCUACCAAUUAUAAUAAAAAAUCCCAUAUUCAUAUUCCUUCAGCAGUAGACUGAAAAGAAAGUGGUGCAGUAACAGACGUAAAAGAUCAAGGAAUGUGUGGAAGCUGCUGGGCUUUUUCAUCUACAGGUGCUAUAGAAGGAGCCUGAAAAAUAUCCAAAGGUGAGCUUAUUUCGUUGUCUGAGCAACAGCUAGUUUCGUGCUCAAAUUCUUAUGGAAACUUAGGCUGCAAUGGUGGGCUAAUGGACUAUGCAUUUCAGUAUGUCAAAAGUAAAGGAAUUACCAGUGAGGAUAAAUGGCCAUAUGGCUCUGGAGGAGGAAAUUAUAUUGAAUGUGACUCCUCACUUGAGAAAGACUCAGUCCUCAAAAUUAGUGGAUUCCAAGAUGUGGAGCCAGAAAGCAAAGAUGCACUGAUGGGGGCAAUUUCUAAACAACCAGUUUCGGUGGCAGUUGAGGCUACAGUUGGAAUAUGGCAGCACUAUGCAGGAGGAGUUGUGACUGAAGGGUGUGGAACUGGCCUAGAUCAUGGAGUUUUAGCAGUUGGAUAUGAUAGUGCAGCUGAUCCUCCUUAUUAUCUUAUAAAAAACUCAUGGGGAAAUAGCUGGGGUCUUGAAGGAUAUAUAAAAUUGGGAAUUUCUGAUGGAUAUGGGGUUUGUGGAAUAAAUAUGAUGGCAAGCUAUCCUGUAGUUUAA